CUGAAUAUCGCAAAGAGGGAUAAGGAUGCAAUACCUGGUUGCAUGUGCUUCCUCUUCCUCUUACUCUGUUCAUGCUUAUACUCUCCUCCGCCACAGUUACCCUCUUCCCAGAAUACGAAAAUUGGGUUUGCUUAAGGCGCAGUGUGCUAAGAGAAAAGAGAGCUCAACAAACCUGAGAAGUUCAUGGCCUUCAAUCUCACUCACACUUUUUGGCACAGGCUUCUUACUGGGUCCCCUUCUCGAUGGACUCCAUUCCAGGGUCAAUCUCGUCGUCUACGACUCAGGCUCCAUUAACAUAGGUCCACUCCGCACAAACAUCUGGGUGCCUUUCUUGCUAGGGCUAUUUUAUUCCUCUGUUGGUUUGCUUCAACUCUACCUAGACCAAAAGUUCUUCAACAAGGUUCAAGACGCAAGUUUAGCAAAAACAAUUGUCUCACUCGUAUUGCUGGCGCUGUUUAUUGAAGUGAGUGCCGAACUUUACAAAGGUGGAAUGGCGGAGAACAUUGAGGCCUACAUUUUAUUUGCUGCAGCAGAGUUUAUGUGGUUUUUGUUGGAUAGGACAUGGCUAGGUUUCACCUUGGCAUGCAUUGUUGGCCUUGCUUGCCCACUGGCUGAGGUUCCAAUUAUGAAGUUCUUCCACCUUUGGUAUUACCCUAAACCCAACAUUGAAAUCUUUGGUCAGGGACUGGUUACAUGGACACUCACUUGCUACUUCGUGUAUACGCCAUUCUUAAUCAAUCUGUCACGGUGGUUGAGAACAGUUUAUGCUCCUCCAACAGAUGAGUCUGCCUAAAACAUUAUGUAUCCCUGCUGCCUAUUCCAUUAACAUCAAUAUAUGAUGAUACUGAUACAUAUCAAACUCUACUCACAAUGACUUCUUAUAGCUUAACCAC